ACAGACCGCGCCCUUGUCGCCCUCUCACAUACGGAAGAGUGAACUUUUCCCGUGCUGCAGUCAGCUACUUUCUGAGCGCAACCCCUCUAUCCUUUCAGUAUGCAGACGGCUCGGAAUGGCUACUGACGCCAGCACGCUUGAGGAGCUACAUAGCGAGCUCACCUGUCCAGUGUGCCUCGAGCUCUUCCGUGAGCCGGUGAUCCUCGAGUGCGGACACCACUUCUGUCGCGUGUGCAUUACUCAGUGCUGGGAGGCCAAGUACGAUGAACACCCGACCUGCCCGAAGUGCCGAAAGACAUGCGCUCCGAAGCUGCGCCCCAACUCGCUUCUGUGUAACGUCGUGGACAGCGUGAGGAGAGCUCGAGCCAUGGAUGGGAAACCCGGAGACCAGGAGAGCUCACAGGAGGAUACUGAAGAACGGCAACGGGGGGGCAUUAUGCCCAGCUCCGGGUUCAGUUUCACCGAUUUCUCUCCUCGCCUCGAGUCAGACCGGUGCGAGGAGCACGAGGAGAAGUUGAAGCUAUUCUGUGAGGAUGAUCAGCUCGCGAUCUGCCUGGUGUGCGGGAUGUCCCGAGACCACAAGACGCACAAUGUCAUCCCCAUCAACGAGGCGUUCGAGAACUACAAGGACAAGCUGUCCAUAGCCCUGGAGAGAGUAAUGAUCCAGACUGAACAGGCUUCUCUCUGUCAGGUCCAGACCAACAACAAGAUCAUGCUCAUCAAGGAGCGAGCUGGCGACAUAGAGGAGCAGGUGAGUGCAGAGUUUGGACGUCUGAGGGAGUUCCUUCUCCAGGAGGAGGAGAGAGUGAAGGAGAGUCUGAGGCGGGAGAAGGAAAAUAGGCUCAACCAAUUGGAGGAGGUCCUCAAACACACCACAGAGCAAAUCGGCCAGUUAGAGCAAACUGCCGACCAGCUCCGCGUCAAACUCCGAGAGAAUGAGAACCCGGCACAACUCCGGGGAAUCAAGGAUUUUAUCGGAGGAGCGGAGAUUAUGUUUGAGCGACCCCCGGAGGUGUGUGUGGAUCUGCCGGAGGGGGAGUUCCUGGGACCACUGCAGUACCGCACCUGGAGGAGGAUGAGCGCUGUCCUUCAGCCAGGUGUGACAGCGGUGACUCUAAACCCAGACACCGCCUAUCCCAGGCUGUGGGUGUCCACGUGCUGCACCCAGGUCAGUGUCGGGGACAUCCAGCCCAACCUGCCCAACAACCCUGAGCGCUUCACACGCUACAACAUUGUCCUGGGAAGCCAAGCCCUCGCCUCAGGGCAACACUACUGGGUGGUUGAGGUGGGCACCAAGACGGCCUGGGGGCUGGGGGUGGCGGCCGCCUCGGUCAACAGGAAGGAUGAGAUUAGCCUGUGUCCCGACGACGGCUUCUGGACCCUGGUGUUAAGAGAGGGGCGGGGAGGGAGCGAGUACGAGGCCUGCACCAACCACGAGGAGAGCCUGUUGCACCCCCCCCGACCCCCCAGGAGAGUAGGGGUGUACCUUGACUACGGGAGGGGUGUGGUGGCGUUUUACGACGCAGGGGAUAUGAGUCACCUGUUCACCUUCUCCGACGCCACGUUCACAGAGCCAGUGUUCCCCUACUUCAACCCCUGGCCAAUCAUCAAAGGGAGAAACCGUGAGCCUCUUAUCAUUAUUAGCCCCGACCCGGAGGUAUGAGAGACCCGGUAAGAACUGUUAGAGAACACUGAGAACCAAAGACAAGAAAGUGGAACAAUGUAGAGAACCUGUAAGAGAAACUGCAAUGUCAUCAUCCUAUUCACUAACACUUGACUAUUGUUCACGGUUUUGUCGUUUAUGAACAUUUCCUGUAAAUAUGCUUCCAUGGAAUAUGUGGGUGUUUUGUGUUUAAAGAGAGCACAUGCCAGAGGACUCUGAAGGAAGCCACAUGGAAAAGUGAAUUGAAAAGCACCUUAAACAUGACAUUCUUUCCCUUGUGUGUAUAUAGUAAGAUAACAGUGUUUUACAGUGUAUUUUACAUUUUAAUAGCGGAGUAUAUACAUGGGCAAAUCAGAUCACGCCUCUAUUCUGCUCCUCCAGGAAGCAGGAAGCACCCCUUGGUAAGGUCUGUUGGUCUGACCAAUCAGAAUCUAUGCUUCUAGAUUGUUUUGAUCACGCAGACUGGAAAAUGUCCCCGGUCGCCUUUGAGAAUAGUAUGGACGUGUACACAUCGGUGACUGGCUUCAUCACAAUGUGCAUUAAGGAUGUUGUUCCCACUGUGACGAUUGGAACUUAUCCAAACCAAAACCGUGGAUAGAUGGCAGCAAAUCGCACAAAACUGAAAGGCGCGAACCACCGCAUUUAACCGCGACAAGGUGACUGGGAACAUGGACGUGUAUUAAGAGACCAGCUGUGGUUGCAAUUCAACAGCUCAAACAUCAGAUGAUAAUCACAAAUGACAAAGGGAAAGCCAGCCAUGUCGCCGACACCGACACCCCCGCCUUCGGACAAGCGGAACACCUUCGCCCGCUUCCAGGACAACAACAUCGAGCCACCGACGCAGGCCCUUGACGCUCACGGGGACCGUGUGCUCUCGUUCUCCGUGGCCGAUGUGCGUAAGACAUUUAAGCGUUGCCGGCCCAGACGGCAUCCCAAGCCGCGUCCUCAGAGCACUGGCUGGAGUGUUUAACGGACAUAUUACAUCUCCAUAUCCCAGUCUCUUGUCUCUACUCUGUUCAAGAUGUCCACCCUUGUUCCUGUGCCCAAGAAAGCGAAGGUAACUGAACUAAUUAAAUGACUGUCGCCCCGGAGCACUCACUUCUGUCAUUGUGAAAUGCUUUGAGAGGCUGGGUAAGGAUCAUAUCACCUUACCCGGCACCCUAGACCCACUACAAUUCGCAUACAGCCCCAACAGGUUGACGGACGACGCAAUCGCCAUUAUACUGCAUACAGCCCUGGACGAGAGAAAUACCUAUGUAAGAAGUGUGUUCAUCGACUACAGCUCAGGCUUCAACAUCAUAAUGCCCUCCAAGCUCAUUACUAAGCUCAGGGCCCUGGGUCCCCCCCGUGCAAUCGGAUCCUGGACUUCCUGACGGGCCGACCCCCAGGUGCUGAAGCUAGGCAACAACACCUCCGCCCCCCCAUGUUUUCUUACAAUAUUACUUUUUAAUUUUUUAAGACUGUAAAAACGCCGGCAAAUCCGCUCCAAGUGAUUUUAAUUCUGGAAAUCUCUUCCAAAGUAUUCCCACACAUAAUAUGGAGAUAUAUGUGACAGUAUACAAAUGUAAGCAAGGUUUGAAAUGAUUGUGUUUUAGUCCAAUUCUGUUUGGGCUUCUCACGGUCAAUUUGCAGUCUACAAAUGAUUUGUAAUUAUGUUGCGGCCCCCUGACCAUACACUCAAGAAAAGAAAUCGGCCCACAGAGCGUUCUACAUGGAACCAAAAUGGGUUCUCCUAUAGGGACAGUUGAAGAACCCUUUUACUACACUUAUUUUCUAAGAGUGUAGCAAUACAAUAACAAUAUAAUAUCAUCCUCAGGAGGCUGAAGAAAUUCAGCUUGGCCCCAAAGACCCAAGAACUUCUACAGAUGCAUAGUACUGUACUACCCGCAACCGCAGGGCUCUCUAGAGGGUGAUGCAGACAACCCAGCACAUCACCAGGGUUCACACUGCCUGCCCUCCGGGACAUCUACAGUACCAGGUGUCACCAAGAAGGCCAAGAAGAUCAUCGAGGACCUCCGCCACCUGAGCCACAGCCUGUUCACCCCACUGCCAUCUAGAAGGUGGGGACCGUACAGGUGGAUUAAAGCUGGGACCGAGAGACUGGUAAACAGCUUUUAUCUCCAGGCCAUCAGACUGUUAAACAGUCACCAUUAGCCUUAGUCACUGUUCUUGCCAGCUACCACCCGGUACUCCACCCUGCACCUUAGAGACUGCUGCCCUAUGUACAUAGAGUCAUUCAACACUGGUCCCUUUAAUAAUGUUUACAUACUGUUUUACCCACUUUAUAUGUAUAUACUGUAUUCUAGUCAUGGCUCAUCCUAUAUAACUACUUCUGUACACACCUUUUCUAUUCAUAUACUGUCCAUACAGUCUAUACACACCAUUAUAUACAGUAUAAUGGUGUGUAUAGACACACCAGGCCCACCCAUGGCUGCUCCCCUGCCCAGUCAUGUGAAAUCCAUAGAUUAGGACCUAAUGAAUUUAUUUUAAUUGACUGAUUUCCUUAUAUGAACUGUAACUCAGCAACAUUUUUGAAAUUGUUGCGUGUUGCAUUUAUAUUUUUGUUCAGCAUACAUGUAAAGUGGGUUCAACAGUAUGUAAAUAUUAUUAAAGUGACCAAUGUUCAAUGACUCUUUGUACAUAGGGCAGCCGUCUCUAAGGUGCAGGGUAGAGUACCGGAUGGUAGCCAGCUAAUAACAGCGUCUUAGAUUCAUGGCAGGGCCCUGGGCCGGAGGCUGGCUAGUGAUGACUGACAACGUUGGCUAGGAGCGAGUAACAGGGUGACUGUGUCUGUCGGCGUCAUCUUGUGUCAUCUAUAAUAAAAAUGUGUUGCAUUACCUCCACAGUGUAGUGGUUCUACAGAUCGAUCGCACAAAUUGCUGUUUGUGAACAUGCAGAUAUUGAACUGUCUGGCUGCUGUUGGAACUUGACUCUGGUGCAUUAAGACUGUCGUUCUCCUUCAGUCCACUGGAGGCUGUUCAAACCAUGUCCACCCUACACUUCAUUCUCACGCUGGUGACCACAAAGGAGAAUGAGCUUUAAAAGAUUAAGAGCUGCAUUUAAGAAUAUCAUUGAUUAAAAUCCAUAAUCCCUGA